CUGGGUCGGGGCCAGUGUUGAGUCAGUCGUUGUGGAAGGUGUGUGUUGAUACCGUCCUUCUCUCUCGGUGGCGUGAGCGCCACACUUCCACUGCCAAUUUUCUCAUUUAUGAGGAUAUUUAGCGUGACCGGCGUCCCGCGCGUGGUGCGAGGCAUUUAGGUGUAGUUUUAUUUUGUGUGGAGUUUAGGGUGGGGUGUGAGAGGUGGCGGGUCGGUGUUGAAUCACCACCACAUUUGCCACCCCAGCGGCCGCCCACCACGGCCUGCAUACCAGCCCCUGCAACGUUUGUCACUACACAAGGUGAAGCCCCAAGAUGAGUGACGGGGUGGACCAACAGCAGCAGCCGCCGCCAUCUAAUGGCGUCAAUGGUGCGGCUACACAGGAGGAAGAGGUGCGGCUCAUGACGGAAGAGGAGUUGGAGCGGGAAAAGAUGAGACCUCCGGACAUUGACCAAGACAUGAAGGAAAUGGAACGUCGGAAACGUGUAGAGGCCAUCAUGAAUUCAACCAUCUUCCGUGAAGAAUUGGAGAAGAUAGUAGAGACGCAACUUACGGAAGGCUACUCGGGUUACCAAGCCAUCCAAAAUAUUUCAGAGAUGAUGGGAAUACCUUGUUCACGAGUUAACAUGUUCAGAAGUAGCCAAAGUGUUAUCCCAAUAAAUGAUAUUCGUGGUAUGGAAAGUCUCAACUUUGCCAAAGGAGAAAAAUUGCUUCGAUGUAAACUUGCAGCAAUCUACAGACUUAUUGACAUGCAUGGCUGGACACAGAACAUUUACAAUCACAUUACGGCUCGAAUUAGUCAAGAUGCAGAACAUUUUCUCCUUAAUCCAUUUGGUAUGCUGUAUCAUGAGGUAACUGCGGCCUCACUAGUGAAAGUGGACAUGCAGGGCAAUGUGGUUGAGGCUGGCUCAACAAACUUCGGUGUAAAUGUUGCUGGGUUCAUGCUUCACUCUGCCAUUCAUGCUGCUAGACCAGACAUAAAGUGCAUUGUCCACUUGCAUCAUCCUGCAGUUGUAGCGGUAUCUGCUCUGAAACAAGGACUAAUGCCUCUUUCACAAGAGUCGCUACUAAUUGGAGAUGUUUCGUACCAUGAAUACCAGGGUAUCUUUGUUAACAUUGAGGAGAGAGAGAAACUUGCACGAAGCCUUGGCCCUAUCAAUAAGGUUAUGCUGCUCCGUAAUCAUGGGGUUGUGUGCUGUGGCGAGACACUUGAAGAAGCCUGGUAUAAUACCUUCUACACAGUCCUCGCUUGUGAGACUCAGAUGCGUAUGGCUCCUCUUGGUCUGGAUAACCUGACGGUAAUAAGUGAUGAUGUUCGCCAUUCGGCUUUUGAAGUGUCUCGGCGAGGGGCUGGAGGUGUUGACAGCAAACAGGAGGGAGGACCAUCGGGGCAUGGCCCAAAGGAACGCAGAUGGAAGGUUGGGGAGCUUGAAUUUGAAGCUCUCAUGAGAUCCCUUGAUAAUGCUGGUCUUAGAACAGGGUACAUCUACCGACGACCACUGCUUAAACAAGAAAUGUCUCGGCUGCAUAGUGAUGUUGCCCUUCCCCCUACAGCCUCCAACUACACACACCUAUUCGACGAAGAUGACAUAACAAGGAGCCCCUUGAAACGGAUCCUGGAUGGUCGCAAAACUCAGGACAAAACCCGAUGGCUCAACUCCCCUAAUGUGUAUCAGAAGGUGGAGGUGCUUGAAACUGGUACACCCGAUCCAAAGAAGAUCACCAAGUGGGUGGCUGAUGGGUCUCCCACACAUUCUACUUCAACAUCAGUCAAAUUGGAGUCUGCACUCCAGUUUGUUCCUGUCAAUACCAACCCGAAGGAAUUCAAGACUGUUCAGAAGAUGAUAAAGGAGAACAGACGUAUUGGUAAUAUCAGUGCAGGCCCCACAUCGCAUCUUCUGGAAGGAGUCACUUGGGACGAGGCGCGACGCAUGCAAGAUGCUAGCAUGUCUGCUGCGACUGACCACGUUAUUUUGGUGGGAGCAGCAUCCAAGGGAAUUAUUCAGAGGGAUUUCCAACAUAAUGCAGUUGUGUAUAAAACACCAUAUGCUAAGAAUCCCUUUGAUGCUGUCACUGAUCAGGAGUUGGAAGAAUACAAAGAAUUGGUAGAAAGAAAGCAGAGAGGAGAUCCAAUUGAGGAGAUAGAAAUAGAGAAAAUGAAUAUUAUGCCUGAGCGUGCAAUGGUAGAUGUGGUGGAUGACUCUAUGCAAGACUCUACUUUCAAUACCACUGCUCCCACCAGUCCUACAUCUGAUCAAGAAGCAUCCAGUGCUACGGUGCUGAAGGUGGAAACAAAACAGGCGCCAAGAGCAAGCAAAGCACAGUCUGUCGUCCUGAGCGAUGAUGGAGAACGGGUUGUUCGCCAAAAGCCAAGUCUCCCCCCUAAACCCAACAUUCCGAAGAAGCCCACCAUGGGCCCAGGGGUACCUGUCGGCCCCCCUCAGCGGGUCCAGGCAACUAUGAAAACACUGCCAGCGAGAGAUGGAUUCCCUGUAGAAGACCCGCAGCCCAACCUGCAAACAGGGGGUGGAGUCGGGUAUCAGGGGGAGAUGACAUCUCCCCCUUGUUCAGAUGCCUUGACUUGCUCCCCCAAUGUCCAGGUGGGCGAGGGCCAACCUACUUCCCGCACCAACUCCCUCACUCGUGGAAUUCAGAAGAUGCUAAAGGCAGCAUCACGGUCCAAAGAUGAUGGAGUGAAGGCGCGGGAGCCAAGUCCCACGCUGGAGCGUUCCAAGUCUGCAUUUUAUAAGAAUGAAGUGGCAAGUGAGAAGCGGUCAGCUCUUCAGCGCCGCUCCUGGUCUCUGUCACGCAAAGGGGAGACAGUAGCCAAUGGUGAUGAGAAUGAAGCACACCACAGCACAGUCUCGCACAGCAGCAAAGAGGGUUCUCCAACAAAGGAUACCUCCUUAACAGAUGACUCCAUCUCUAAGGAUAAGAAGAAGAAGAAAAAGGGUCUUCGUACUCCAAGUUUCCUUAAGAAGAAGAAGGACAAGAAGAAGGAGAAGGAGGCUGCACACCAGUAGCACCCCUCACCCCAACUCCUUCACUGACUCCUGUCUCUGGUAGACCAAUGCUGGAUUUUCCCAUCUAAAACACUGCCAGAACCUGUAGAUAGCAAAGAAGAAUGUGUUGUGGGAGCCCUUGUGUGGUGCUGGUGAGACGUGCUACCGCUGACAUUGUUCAUCGGAUCCAAGACUUGUCAUCUUAAAUCUUUAGUCAGCUUGUCUAGUUUUCCAUGCUAUCUGUUUCCUGUACUCAAUUUUAUUGAUAAGACAAUGUUAGUGAUUGAAAAACUGUUUUAUUUUAAAAAUUUUAGUGGUUACUGUUGUAGUAUAGUUAAGAUUUUUAUUUAUUUUUUCUUUAAAAAUCAAAUUUUAAGUUUGAGAAUCAAGAAAAUAAAUGCAGUUAUAGCUUUGAUACAUAAAUUUUGUUAUAAUUUAGGCUCUCUAUUUUAGACAUUAUUUUAGUACCAGAUUUCUGCAGCUGGUCAUCAAAUCUAUAUCUUUCAUUAGAGUGCCUCAAGUCAAGUUUUAGAUGCUGAUGAACACCUUUGUCACUGCUUGAUGUGAAUGUUUGUGUGUGAAUGUGUGCGACUUGCUAAUCUGCAGAAGUCUUAAUGUGGAGGAACAGUACACCAGUGAUGUAUGUAAUUAAUGCCUUGGUUGUUUCUUAAUGAUACCCACCUGCUCUCCAAUAUGUAGCACAGUCUCCAGGUCAAUUUGUGCUAAUUUCCUGCAAAACUAUUGCAGUACAAUCACAGAUUCCCAUUUCCGGUGUCAUGGGAUAAUGUGGCAUGUGAAUUUGGGAUUUAUUAAUGACCUCCGUGAUUUUAUUCUUUUAUGUGAAUGAAUGAAUGCACACCAGCCCCAUUUUCCUCCUACUCUUGUCCUUCCAUGGAUAGUUGUUGGGUCAGCAGUCUCUCGUCUCACCCUAGCAAGUCUCACCAUUUGCACCAAAUGGUUCACAUGAUGAAGAGAGACUAAUGGUUGGCUCUUUGAUCUUUUCUACCCUUACUUGGUUUUAUUUUGGCCUCAUUAAUGAGUGCUAAAAGAAAUUAUCUUUUAUGAUCUGUUUUGUGAGUCUGACUCCAACUAUUAAGAAUGGAAGGACCAUAGUAUCAGCUGGGGAUAUCCUAUGACUUAUAAUUUCUAUGUUAGUCAGCAUUAGUAGACCCAUUGCUUAUAAGCAAUGAGAUCUUCUUUGCUGCUAUAUUUUCAUCCUUCCUGUUAACCUUGUAACUUGUGUCCAGAAAAAAAUAUUUGUUGAUGCAGAUACCUGUGACUGGUCAAUGCUUGGGUCACCAUUUGCGUCGCCCAGCUGAUGUCUUAAUCUAGUGGCCUUGAAUUCACUCAGUCUGCCUAUGAGCAAAGGAGCUCAGUAGAGUUAUCAGAUAAGGAGAAAUUGGUCAAGUUGACUUUAUUACUACCACAAGUUGAGACACUCAGCUGGGGAUGCUGGAGGUUGUUGUAGGACCACAUUUGUCUUCUCUUGCUGCUAGAAGGUGGAUUGUUUUAUUGGCUACACAUUCAUUUUUUUAAUCACAGCUUAGCACUGUUUUAUAUACAUCUGUAUUAUAGCAUCUAAAUAAAUCAUUAUUAUUAUUAUUAUAAUUAUAUGAAUAUGCAGGCAGCUGAUUUUAGCUUGUUUUGGAAAGAAAAUAAAAUGUCCCAAUUUUACAAAUUCUAAGUCAA